UGUAUACAAUAUGUGUCAUUCAGUGUAUACACAAUCCGUCAUAUAUUGUAUACACAAUCUGUCAUACAGUGUAUACACAAUCUGUCAUACAGUGUAUACACAAUCUGUCAUACAUUAUAUAUACAAUCCGUCAUACAGUGUAGCCUAUACACAAUCCGUCAUACAGUGUAUUAUACAGAAUGCAUCAUAUUGCCAGUGUAUACACAAUCCGUCAUAAAGUGUACUAUACAGAAUGCAUCAUACACUGUAUACACAAUGCGUCAUGUACAGAGCGAGCAUAAUCCGUCAAACAGUGUAUACACAAUCUGCCAUUCAGUGUAUACACAAAAGGUAUACAGUUUAUACACAAUGCGUCAUGCAGACUAUACACAAUGUGUUUUAUGGUAUUUUCACAAAAUU